AUGAAAACGCUUGCUCAAUUAGACCAGUUGAACCUUGAUGCGGACACCAAAACACAGGUGACUGACUUGGUUAAAAUGCUGCUUGAGCAAUCGCAAAAAGAGGUUCGUUCUCAGCAACUCACCAUUCAAUCGCUGACCAUGGAACUGGCUUAUUUACGCCGAAUCCAGUUCGGAAAGAAAAGUGAAUCGCUGUCAUCAAAGCAGCUUAGCCUGUUUGAAGAAACGCUGCUUUCUGAUCUGGCAGCGGUGAACACAGAGAUCGAGCAGCUUGAUCCAUCAACAGAAGCCUAUUCGGCCAAACCACCACGUGUCCGCGCUGGCCGCCAACCAUUACCGGAUCACCUACCGCGUAUUGAACACCGCCAUGAACCAGAAUCCUGCCAGUGCGAUCACUGUGGCCAUCAACUGGUUAAAAUCGGCGAAGAUGUGAGUGAACAGUUGGAUGUAGAGCCAGCCAAAUUCUUCGUCCACCGCCACAUCCGUCCACAAUAUGCUUGCCGAUCUUGUGAAACGGUUACCGCCGCACUUAUCCCGCCAGCCAUCAUCGAUGGCGGCAUGGCAGCACCCGGACUGUUGAGCUGGGUGCUGACCAGCAAAUACCUGAAUCACCUCCCGCUGUAUCGCCUUGAACAGAUUGCCGCACGUGAGAAAGUCACGUUAUCGCGCUCAACCAUGGCAGAGUGGGUUGGUCGUAGCGGCGUUGCAUUGCAACCUUUGGUGGAUCGGCUGAUAUGGCAUCUUUUGCAAGGCAACACGCUGCAUGCCGAUGAAACGCCAGUAGCGCAGCUCGAACCUGGCAAGGGCAAAACUCGCAAGGCCUAUCUAUGGGCCUAUCGCAGUAAUGACCUGGAGCCGGGAUCACACAUCAUCGUUUUUGACUAUCAAGCCGGGCGUAGUGGCCGGCAUGUGCAAAACUUUCUGGAAAACUGGCAAGGUCAUUUGCUGGUUGACGACUAUGGCGGUUACAAAGCACUGUUCUCUGAAAAACAGGAAAGUCCCUGUAUUGAGUUGGCUUGUUGGGCACAUGCACGCCGUAAAUUCUUUGAUUUGCACAAGGCUAAUGACAGCCCGAUGGCUUUUGAGGCGUUGCAGCGCAUCGGUGAUUUAUACGCCAUUGAAGCGAUGUGCAAAGACCUGACCAUCGAAGCACGACAGCAACUACGUAAAGAAAAAAGUCUGGCUAAGUUGGAAGCAUUGCAUGAUUGGCUGAGGCAAACCCGCAUCCAGACCGCAAACGGCGGUGGUUCCGCAAAAGCUUUAGACUACACCCUGAAACGCUGGCCUAGCCUGAUUCGCUAUGCGCAAACCGGGCACCUACCAAUUGACAACAAUCCAGUAGAAAACGUCAUUCGACCUAUCGCUAUUGGCAAAAAGAACUGGCUAUUCACCGGCUCAGAACGUGCCGGUCAACGCGCGGCAGCCAUUCAAACUUUGCUCGGCACUGCCCAGCUCAAUAGUCUGAAUCCAGCUGAUUGGCUCAAAGACACCCUAUUAAAACUACCCACCUGGCCUAACAGCCGGAUUGACGAACUGCUACCGUUGCCGCCUGAUUUUAUUGAAAUGCUAAAGCAGAACAAUUGA